AAGUUUUAUCUCUUGAUGCGACGAUCGCAUGCCCGAAACAAAUCCAAAUCGACCACCGGCUCACAAAAAAUGGACCCAAUUAAGCUCCAAAUCCGAUCCAAUUCCCGAUCCACUGCUCUUUUCUCUCGAAAUCCUCGUCAAACCAAGCCACUCCCUUAUUUCAUCGCGGUUUCAAUCGCCAUAUCCAUUGCGUUGUUUGUUUUUGUUUACACAUUCCUUUUCUCGUCCAAGGAUUCAGUCAAGUAUAGCAUCAUAAUCGAUGGGGGAAGCACGGGAACGAGGAUUCACGUGUUUAGUUACAAAAUUGACGGAGACAGAAACCCGGUAUUUGAUUUUAAACAAGGAUUGGGGAGCUUGAAGGUUAAUCCUGGAUUGUCGGUUUACGCUGAGGAUCUGGAAGGAGCUGCAGAUUUGUUGAAAGAGCUUUUGGAGUUCGGGAGAAGUAAAGUUCCGGAAAGCCAAUGGGGAGAGACGGAGAUUAGGUUAAUGGCGACGGCGGGCUUGAGAUUGUUGGACGAUGAGGUGCAGGAGAGGAUUUUGGAGCAGUGCAGGAAGGUGCUUAGGGUCUCUGGUUUUAAGUUUCGCGACGUCUGGGCUUCGGUUAUUACAGGCUCUGAUGAGGGAGUGUAUGCUUGGGUUGUUGCAAACUAUGUCCUUGGUACUCUUGGAGGUAAUCCUCAACAUACAACUGGAAUAAUUGAACUUGGCGGGGCAUCUGCUCAGGUAACGUUUUUCUCAACUGAGCGUAUGCCUUCUGAAUUCUCACGCUCCAUCAAGUUUGGGAAUUUCACUUACAGUCUCUAUAGCCACAGCUUUCUUCACUUUGGUCAGAAUGUUGCGCACAAUUCAUUGAGGGAAUCACUUAUUAAUGGAGAUUUCAGUCCAGCUGCCGAGUCUAUUCACAAGGAAACGUAUAUAGAUCCUUGUACUCCUAAAGGAUACUUGCCCGAGUCAUCAAACCUUUUGUUAGGUUCUAAGGGUGAAAAAAGUAAAUAUGUUUCUGAAUUUCAAGCUAGGGGUAACUUCUCUGAGUGCAGAACUGCUGCACUAAUGCUAUUACAAAAAGGAAGAGAGAAAUGUUCCUCUGGUCGGUGUUACUUGGGAUCAGUUUUCAUGCCCAAGCUUCAAGGCAAAUUCUUUGCUACAGAAAAUUUCUUCUAUACCUCAAAGUUCUUUAGGUUGCACCAAAAGGGCUCUCUUUCUGAUCUAAUCAUGGCGGGGCAACGUUUAUGUGAAGAGGAUUGGUCAAAAUUGAAGAAGAAACACCCAUCGCUCGAUGAGGAAAAUCUGUUGCGCUACUGUUUUUCUUCAGCAUAUAUUGUGGCUUUACUUCACGAUAGCCUUGAAAUUGCUUUGGAUGAUGAAAGGCUCAGCUUUGCUAAUCAGGUCAAUGAUAUACCAUUAGAUUGGGCCUUGGGAGCUUUCAUAUUGCAAAGCACAACCAACUUGGACGUGCAGCACACCGACUGGAUAACUAAUAUUAUCAACAGUGAUUCAACAAUAUUUUCCAUCAUUGCCUUCUCCGUAAUAUUGAUGUUUAGUGCUUGGUCUAUAUCAAAAUGGAGGAAACCCCAGCUGAAGACCGUGUAUGAUCUCGAGAAAGGAAGAUAUAUAGUUACACGUAUCGGUUGAAGCUGAUCUGUCAUCGUCUAGACAGGAUUGAAGCCUAUGAUUUUUUGAAUCCGAGGAGAGUUCCUUUUUUGAGGGUAUUACUUUUUUCGCUUCCUUGGUUUCUGCCCCACCUUAAGGUCAUCAUCAUGGCAGUGGGACAUUUAAGAUCAAAUACCAUGGAGUUCCAACGUAUGAAACUUUAUUGUAACAUAUUCAUGGCCGGGGAACUAGCAU